AUGGUUGAUGCAACGCAUGCUGGUACUACUUUUCCUGAUAAAAGUGCAUUCACUUUUAUUAUUGUUGCAUUCGUUGUACCGACAACAGUUGCCAUAAAAUGUCAGAUUUAUUUUCGUCGAGGAAAAUCGACACCAAAAACCAAUGAAACAGAGGAUUGUGAAUCAAGUUCUUGCUGUUUCACAGCUGAAUUACAUCAUAAUCGUCAUAUAUACCAAAUGAAGGGUUGCGAUGCGGAUAACGUACAAGAUGAUAUGUUAGUGUAUGUUCCGUCUCUUACUGGAAGACCAUGGGAAAACAUUAUGGAGGCAUGCUUGGCCAGUGAAUGCAGAGUGCACAGUGAUUUGUUAGGUGGUAAAGGUCAAAGCUAUUUAUGUGGAUGCGAUAUUGACUAUUGCAAUGAAAAAUCAUUUCAAGCCACAUUUCCACAACUAAGAAAUAUUCCCAACGACGAUACAACAUCCAGGGCUAGCAUGCUGAAUAAUAAUUUGCUUUGGAUCAUGGGUGGAAGUGCAAGUAUAAUGCGAAAACUUCGUAUUUUUUGA